AUGAAAUCACAAAAAAUAGGAUCAAUGAUUCUAUUAAUUGGAAUAUUAUUAGCAAUUUUUAAUUUUGCUUAUUCAGAUGAUGACAUAGAACGUUUUUCAAUCAAUCCAGAAAAACCAAUUUCCUUCACAUCAGAUCAACCAGGUUUUCCAACUUCAGCAGAUUUCCCAAUUGGUUCAAUUCUAGCAAAUUCUUUUUAUAGUUUUGGUGGAGAUGUAAAUUACUUUCAAUUAAAUAUAAGUUUAAUGGAAGAAUUUUCAAAAGAUGGAAACACAGGCAGCCAAGCAACAUGGAAUCAAUAUACUUCAGUUCCAGUUUCUCCAAUUUCAUCAGCCGUUACUGCAAACCGUGUUUACACAAUGUCAAUUGGUUCCCUCAACAGAGUUAAAAAAGGUGAUAUUACUUCAAUGGAAUCCACAGACUUUCUCAAUGAUGAAAAAUACAGUUCACUUGUAACUACUCUUAAUGGUGGUGUAUCAUAUGGUGAUGACGUUUUCUUUUUAUCCUCAAAGAGUGCUACUGGUGAGGCUGUAUUGAUUCACAUUAAUGAUACUGCUACUGGUACAUUUGGUACAAGCAGUUAUGAUGAAAUUUUACUUGAUGCUGCAAUUAAUGAUCCAUCUUCAAUUACUGUAGAUUCAAAACUUGGAUUAGCUUUUAUUGGUGAUUCUGAUGGUGAUAUUUUAGUAUUUAAUAUGACUCUAAAAGCUAAAAUUGCCAUAUAUUCAAAUUCAUCAAUUGCAAACUUAAGAAGUUCAGGUGUAGUUGAUGAAGAGAGACAACUUUUAUAUAUUUGUGGUCAAGCAGGUGGAAUGAAUUCAUAUAUUACUCAAGUCGAUAUUUUCCACUAUUCAGCAACUGAUAUCACAUUAUUACAUUCAUUUACAAUUCUUGGUUCAUUAUGUCCUUCAGCAGGAAUUGAUGUAAAAGGAGGUCAACUCUUCUUCUCUACUACAACAUCAUCAGGUUCUCAACUUAUUGGUACUGAUACAAGUGGUGGUAAUACAGGUUCACUUUCUGAAAAUAUAGCCAACACCCAAUCAGUUGCAAUUUCAGUUGAUUCAAUAACCAAAACAAUUUCAGUUUUCUAUCCAGAUAGUGUUUUCUAUGGUACAUUUAAAUCAAUUUGUCCAUCAGAUUGUUCUGGUCAUGGUGAAUGUAAUUAUGGUACAUGUGUUUGUGACCACAAUUACCAAGGUCAAGGUUGUGAAGAAGAACUUUGUUUGACAUUAAAUAAUUGUACUGGUACUGAUAAUGGUAAAUGUGAAAAUGGUUUCUGUUAUUGUUCAUCAGAAUGGGAAGGCGCUCAAUGUGAAAUUCGUAGAUGUAAAGAUAGUUGUAAUGGUUAUGGUACAUGUAAUACUGCAAAUUAUACUUGUGUUUGUGAUAGUGCUCAUAUGGGUGAAACUUGUAAUGAAUUAGUCCCACCACCACCAUGUACCUAUUAUACCGAUAGUGAAUCAUGUCUUUCAAGAACUACUUGUGGUUGGUGUGAAGUUGAUGGACUUUGCAAGGAAGGUGAUAGAUAUGGUCCAUUCGAAGGUUUCUGUCGUACUUGGUUCUUUGAUACCAAUGUUGAAACUGGUGUAAUUGCAUUGGCAUGCAUUUUCAUUGCAUUCGUUGGUAUUCUCUACAUUAUUGAUAUUGGUACCACUGUUCCAAUCGAUAUUAAACGUGCUAAAGAUUAUGCAGAAGAAAAUAAAUCUGGUCAAUUCCCAAAAGCAACCCAUGAAGAAGCUUCAGUCUUAUGGUGGAGAGAUCAACGUUCCCACAAAGCAUGGACAUUUAUGGAUCAAUUCCAAUUAAUUUCACUCGUUAGUCAUAUUGGUGUUGUUUUCCCAUCACGUUUCAUCAGUUUCACCGAGUAUCUCGAUUGGUCAAAUUUAGGUAUUCCACUUCCACCAUCAAUCAAUCCACCACAAAUUUGGAGUGUUCCAACUGAUUGGACAUCAAACACUGCCCGUACAAUUUUAUCUAUGGCACAAUAUGAAAAUAGUUUAGGUUCAGGUGAUCUUUACCUCCUUCCAAAUAUUCUCUUCUGGUUUGGUCUUUUAUUGGGUGUUUUCUUAGUUCCAUUACUUUUAGCCUAUGCCAUCAUUUCAUUCAUGGAAAGUUUAAUUCAUUGGAAAGAAGUGGUCACUAAUCGUCUCAUUCAUGUACUUGUACGUAUUUUAACAUUUGGUUACAUUGGUGUCUUAAUUGCUGCCUCAUUUGCUAUGGUUACACCAUUACAUGACUAUAGAAUCAUCAUUCCAGGUGCCAUUAUCUUUGUUCUCUAUGGUAUUGGUUUACCAAUUGCCAUUUGGUUCCUUCUUGCAGUUCCAGAAGCUCGUCUCCACAAUCCAACCUUUAAACAAAGAUUUGGCUGUCUCUACGUUCACUACAAACCAAAGACUGAUCAUCGUUUCGUUGUUUUCAUGUUUAUCAAGAGAUUCAUUAUGGCCGUUAUCAUUGGUAUCUUAUCAUUCAAACCAAUGACCAACUAUCCAUUAACUGGUACUGAUUUAGCCGUUCCAAUCGUUCAAGUAGUUGUCAUUGAUAUCGCUCUCAUUGGUUAUGCUGUAUUAUUAUUCAUCCGUAAACCAUAUUUCGAUCAUUAUCAAUUAUGGCUCGAAUAUCUCUUAACUGCCAUCAAUAUUGUUACAGUUUCUCUCUCACUCACUCACAUCAAAUCACCAAGCGCCGCUGGUGAAUUAAUUGCAUGUCUUAUUCAAGCUUUAGCCCUUGUAGCUUGUAUUGCCGCUUACGUCGUAGCAUGGCUCCAAAUGAGAUCUUCUUUCAUUAAAAAAGUUAAGAAAUAUCUCUGCUGUUGUUGUAAAUCCUCAAAAUCUUCAGGUGAAAUCGAUUUAUCUAAGAAAUAA